GCCCCGUAGGGCAACAAGGAUGGUUAGUUUUGACCGUGCUUAUUUGUACCAUAAAACAUCGAUCCUAAUUGACAGUUAUCUGGGCUUUUAUAUCUGCCAACCUGCCAACCUUUUUUGAACUGUGGUCACUAAAUGAAGAGGUUCUGGCCUGGGAAGGCCCAUGCAUUCCUUCAAUUGGAUGGAGAGCGAGGACAGUGACUGGCGAUCUGGAGAAUAGGAGGGAAUGUUGACUAGGGAGCACCGCUGCAGCCGAUCAGAGGAGCAGGAACCGGAGCCCGGGCUGAGUCCGAGAAAAGCCGGAUCCGGAUGGUGGCCCCGGAACGGCUGGAAGUGGAAGAUGGAGGAGCCAGAGGAGCCUGCGGACAGUGGGCAUUCCCUGCCCCCGGUUUACAUCUACAGUCCCGAGUAUGUCAGCAUGUGCGACUCCCUGGCCAAAGUCCCCAAGAGGGCCAGUAUGGUACAUUCUUUGAUUGAAGCAUAUGCACUGCAUAAACAAAUGAGAAUAGUUAAGCCCAAAGUGGCCUCCAUGGAGGAGAUGGCCACCUUCCACACCGAUGCCUAUCUGCAGCAUCUCCAGAAGGUCAGCCAAGAAGGAGAUGACGAUCAUCCAGACUCCAUAGAAUAUGGCCUAGGUUAUGACUGUCCAGCUACAGAAGGGAUAUUUGACUACGCAGCAUCUGUAGGAGGGGCUACAAUCACAGCUGCCCAAUGCCUGAUUGAUGGAAUGUGCAGAGUAGCAAUUAACUGGUCUGGAGGGUGGCAUCAUGCAAAGAAAUUUCAUAACCAUGGAAGUCCUUGAGAAAGUUUACUACUA